UGACUUCUCUUUCAAGCCGUGAUCCCUGUCUAUCUCGUCUCCCCCUCGCCUCGUUGCUGUGAAGAUAUCGUCAUGACCGGACUCAUCAUGCUUUACGUCACGUCUUGGUCAUAAAGAUAGGCAAGACACGACAUGAUGGAUUGUCCCAUGCUUUUCGCUUGCGAUUGAACCCCGGAGGUGAUUUACUUGUCAACCCCCGCCAGCUCACUAUGGUCAAAGUAGCAGAGAACCGAGUGGUUGAUCUAGACAUUUUUCCGGGUGACCCAAAAGCCAAUAAACUUUCAGAACAAACACAGACUGCCGUUGCAGGCAAAAUUCCUCAAAACCAAGCCAAGGGAAUUUCCUCGAACACACAAAGCGCUGUCCAAGCCCUCGGUGGUACAGUCGGCGGCGGGGUCAAAGGAGUGGUUGAUACCGUUGGCAACACUGUCGGAACACUUGGUGAGGGCGUAACAGGGACUGCUCAGGGAGUCGGUGACGGCCUUGGAAGCACAAUACAAUUUGCCGGAGGAGCUCUGGGCGCCGGCGCCGGAAAGGUAGGAAGCAUGUUCUCGAGAAACAAGUCGAGCGAGACUACGAGUAACGGAGCUCUCGAGGCUCAAAAGGAGAGAUUACAAGUAGCCACAGACAAUUCAAAGGACAUCGAUGCUGACGUACCGAGAACGGUGGAGGAGCACAGUAAGGACGCAAUGACUGCGUCCAAAGAAAGAGCUCAAGAUGCGAAAGACGGUGCAGGAGGACUUGCAGACAACACUGAUGAAAAGGUGAGGGGUGUGUCUUCAUCCUCGUCUUGAAUGAUGGAGGUUGACUGGAAGGGCCUAAACACGAUAAUUGAGCAAUAGUUUUGACAUUUCGUUUAUCAUUUUUCACAGUGUAUGUCAUCAUCUCUCAUCAGAAACAAGAGAUAGCUUAUGAAGAUGCAACCUUUUUCCCACCGAA